AUGGCUUCGUCUCACGGGAGAAGUAGUGACCUGCGCUUCGCCGACUGGAUGUCAAGUCUCCCGCAAAGCAUGCACAGCAUCCCGCUUACCAACUUGGCUAUCCCGGGUUCCCAUGACUCCUUCAGCUUUUACAUUGACGAGGCAUCUCCUGUGGGCCCCGAGCAACCAGAGACGGUGCAGAACUUUGUGUCAGUUUUCGGUACUGUGGCCAAGAAGCUCAUGCGGAAGUGGUUAGCCACGCAGACCAUGAACUUCAACAGCCAGCUAGAGGCCGGUGUCCGCUUCUUUGACCUGCGCAUCUCAACAAAGCCCAGAGACCCCGACAAUGAGCUCUUUUUUGCCCACGGUCUUUUCAGUGCUACGGUGAGAGAAGGUUUGGAGCAGAUCAGCAGCUUCCUGUCGGCACAUGCAAGAGAAGUGGUUUUCCUGGACUUCAACCACUUCUAUGGCGUUCAAAACCUGCACCAUGAGAAGUUGGUUACCAUGUUGAAGGAUGUUUUUGGAGACAAGCUCUGCCCGGUUGUCUUUGCUCAGGAGGUAAGUCUGCAAUAUCUCUGGGAGAAGGAGUAUCAGGUGCUGGUCUUUUACCACCACCCCAUGGCCCUGGAAGUGCCCUUCCUGUGGCCUGGCCAGAUGAUGCCCGCCCCCUGGGCUAACACCACUGACCCUGAGAAGUUGGUUCAGUUCCUCCAGGCCUCUGUUACUGACCGCAGGAGAAAGGGGACCUUCUUUGUUUCACAGGUGGUCCUCACACCAAAGGCCAGCACGGUGAUGAAGGGAGUGGCCAGUGGGCUCCGAGAGACGAUCACAGAAAGGGCUUUGCCGGGAAUGAUGCAGUGGAUUCGGUCGCAGAGACCUGGCGAAAGCGGCAUCAACAUCAUCACCGCCGACUUCGUGGAGCUGGGCGAAUUUAUCAGCGCUGUCAUCACCCUCAACUACCACAUGGAUGACGAAGACGACGACGAUGCCACCUGA